UCGAAGUGCAGACGAGACAAUGAUGAUUCUUACUCGUUUCCUUUCCGUAACUUUGCUAUUGAAAGUCGGCGAUGUGGCUUGCUCUGAGUGUGAUAUAAGAGUGACUGAUUUGGAAAAAGAAGUUAAACGUCAAGGAGAAAUGAUAUCGAAGCUGGUGGAGAUAGUUGGAAUCAAUUCGUCAGAAGAACCGCGGAAACGACAGGCGCCUGGAGCCGGAACGGACGCAGUCGCAUUCACAGCCGGGAUACUUCCACUCACAGUCGACCACUUGCAUAGCCAACAGACCAUCAAGUUUGAGUCCGUCAUUACCGACAUAGGCGGUGGAUACAGCAACCAAACCGGUAUCUUCACAGCCCCAAGGUCCGGCAUCUACCUGUUUUCUUGUUCGCUGUUGGACCACUGGGGUGGUGCAGACACGCAAGCCCAUGGCGGUCUCAUGCUUCAUGCGGAAAUCGUGCAAAACGGGCGUGUCCUCGGGCGGAUUUUUGCACAUGGCGAAGAUACGUAUCGAGACCAGGGCGCACAGACGGUGUUCACGUACGCGAACCAGGGUGACAAAGUGUUUAUCAGAGAGGUUGACAACGACGACCUUGGCCUUGGAGGGCAGCUCUACUCGACCUUCUCGGGGUAUCUCCUUAUGCCAUUGUAAAUGGGAUGCCAUUUGUUUAACACAAGAAUUAAAGUGUCGAAAGUCGAAA